AGCUAUAGAUGAAGGAUCAGCUGCUGUCGACGACGGUACCACGCCGGACAAAAAUGAAAAACACCAACUAUGAUCCCAACAUCCACCGGCUGCCUUGGUUCUUCGGGUGGUUGCUGCUAGCUCUGGUGGCUUUUUGUGGAACGGCAAGUUACUUGUCCUUCUUUCAUCUACCCUCUGCCCUUAAUGAGGCCGACCUUGCCCGACAUCCGUACGCCUUCAACGGGGCGCGAGCUUGGAGCAUUUUACAACGCCUAGAUGCUCUCGGGCCAAAACCGACCGGUUCGCAGGCAAACGAGGUCCACGCCGUUCAGCUCCUGGAGCACGAGUUAUCCGUCAUCAACGCAUCGCGCCACCCAGCCCAGCAGGUGCUGUUCGACAAACAAAUCGUUUCCGGUCAGUAUGGGAUCAACUUCUUCGGCAGCUCCAUGACCAGCGUGUACCGGAGAGUGCAAAAUUUGAUCGUCAAGCUAGUCGGUGAGGAGAAUAACCACUCGUUGCUGCUGAACUGCCACUUCGAUUCCGUUGCCGGCAGUCCGGGGGCGAGUGACGACUGCGGAAGCUGCGCGGUUAUGCUCGAGCUGCUCCGGGUAUUGUCCCACGAACCGAAACGGCAACGUCACUCGAUCGUGUUUCUGUUCAACGGUGCCGAGGAAACUCCACUGCAAGCAUCGCACGGCUUCAUCACGGGUCACCGGUGGGCCAGAGAAGUGCGUGCCUUCUUAAACCUCGAAUCGGCCGGCUCAGGCGGCAAGGAACUUCUGUUCCAGAGUGGACCCCAGCACCCGUGGCUUGUCGAGAGCUAUUCACGUGCCGUCCGGCACCCGUUCGGUCAGGCGAUAGGCGAGGAAAUCUUCCAGUCUGGUCUCAUCCCGUCCGACACGGACUUCCGUAUCUUCCGCGACUUUGGGCACAUCCCCGGGCUAGAUUUCGCGCACAUUUUCAACGGCUACCGGUACCAUACGCGGUAUGAUUCGGUUCAGUACCUUUCACCGGCUGUCUUGCAGCGCACAGGAGACAACAUGCUCGCCCUCGUGAGGCUUAUCGCAAACGGAGAACAACUGGCACGGACCGCUGAACUUGCUCCCGGUCGAACGGUAUUUUUCGACUUCCUAGGGCUGGUUUUCGUAACGUACUCGUCUCUAGAAGGAGCACUACUGAACGUGAUCGUGUCGAUCGCCGGCGUGCUGGUCGGAUGCUGGAACGUGCUUGCCGUUGUCGGGUGGUGUAACUGGCGGUCAGUCGCGCGGGAAGUGUUACACGGGCUCGUGGCCACUUUGGUCGGUGCAGGAGCCGCCGUAGGCUUUAAUAUGAUGCUUGCUUUUACCAUCGAUCGAACUGCCGACCGAUCGAUGUCUUGGUUUUCAACUUACAGUCUCGCCAUCGGGUUGUAUUGCGUUCCUGCAAUGAUGCUGCUAUUCAUCGUCCAUCGCGAGUUCCAUCGGUUGUUCAGCAAAGCCAAGACGGUUUUGCCGCUGACACUUACGAUUCAAGCCCGCAUUACGGGAGUGUUUCUUUUCUGGUCUGUAAUUGCGACUGGUGCGACCGCUUAUGGUCUACGGUCGGUGUACGUUAUCUCCGUGCUGCUCACGCUGACGCUGUUCGGGAUGACGCUCGUUACCCUGCUCAAGUUGCAAUCCUUUCCGUCCGGCUAUUGGCUCGUCGUUUUUCUGGUUGUGCACUUCGUUGCCCUGCUCUGGACGACGCAAUUUUUCCAUCUGUUCGCCAACAUCUUCAUACCGAUCACGGGCAGGUCCGGGGCGAACGACAAUCCGGAUCUCAUCAUCGGUACCGUCGCUGCUGCUUGCACUAUUUUCGCUACUAGCUUUCUCGUGCCGUUAAUUAAUCUGCUGCGCAAACCGCACCUUACGAUUGGCACGCUGUUGGGGAUUUUCGUGGGCUCGCUGAUUCUGGCCACUUUCACGUCCGUCGGAUUCCCUUACAGCGCACCCGGUGCCACUCCGGCCGACUCCCCGAAGGUGCAACGGAUUCUCAUGCAGCACACACUGCGCCAGUUCUACGAGCCGAACAGUACGGCCAUCGUUCGCAAAGCUGAUGCUGGUUAUCUGUUUCGGCUUUGGGACCGCCACAAUAAGCGUACGGUGCGGAGCGUUCUCGAAUCACUCACAAUCGGCAUUAAUUCACCCGUUGCACCGACGGAUCUACCCGAAUGCGAAACGGAGCUGUUCUGCGGCAUGCCUGCUUCAGCGGUCCGCUUUUCUUCGCUCUGGUCGCCGCAAUCCGACGAGAAUCGACCCAACACGCCUGAAAUGGUAUCACUUUCCCUGGACGCGAUAAAACGUCCUCCACAUGCUUCAGGAUCGCCAGCCGGAGUGUCCAGAGUGGAGCUUACGUUCAGCCUUACCGGAAGCAUCCAAUCAUCCGUGUUGCUGCGCCCGAAACAGAACGUCACGCUUGCUGGUUGGAACCUCACACCUAACGUACCGACGAAACUGGAAACCGGAGGUCAUACGGCGUAUUUUAUGCUCAUCACGCACGGUCUGCCCGGAGAGACGGUGCAGCUGGCUUUGGAGUUGGACAUCGCACGCACGGUGUCGCCGGAUCUCAACAAUGACCAGCUGUUAGACAUCAGCGUAACGUCGAACUUCUGGGAAUACCACGAACAUUUUACCGAUCGUUUAAAGCGAUCGAUCGCAACUUUUCCCGCCUGGGCGCACGUCGUGCCUACGGUGACGGUUGUAAACGUUUAUAGUUUCUAAGUUUCUUUCCGAAAUUUGUCAGACUGAACAUGGUAGACUCGAAUAUUGAGGAGGGAUUUUUUUUCGAAUGUAAACGCCACUGUGUCCUUUUGCUCAUUAGUUGUGGGGAAUCGGAAUAUAUGACUGACUGAAGGCACAUUAUAGUUGGAAAAAGUAAAUGAACACUAUGUUUUCUACCAUUUUAAUCAAUUUCGUUUUAUUUUCAACACACUAUUAUACCCGGCUAAUCCCUAAACGGCGUUGGGGCUAGCAACUUUUGCACGCAGAGCGUUCACUUUUCCAUAGUCUCAUUUGUCCUGUCAUCUUCAUCGUUUUACUUGCAAUGUUAAAAAACCAUGAAUCCUUGCUUUCGUGGAUUCCGUUUAACGCAGGAACAGAUUUUCUUUUCGGUUUUCCCACUAGAGGCGAUAGUUAAAAUGGCCACAUGCAGCCAACAACCAGGCGCCUCCAGCGUGUGUGCGUUCGAACUGUGUCUAAUUUAACCGUCUAUAUCAUAUUUAAAAACUUGCUCUGUCCCUUUUUUCUAAUCUGCUUGAUCAUGCGUUGUAUAGCUUGUAUAU